CGUGGCAAAAUAUCGUGAAAAAAGCUAUGCAUUUAGAACUAACGAAAAAUAUAAAAUAAUGAUUUCUUAAAAAGGAGUGAUUAAAGGAAAAAUGAGAAGGUACAUAUGUAUUAGUGAUAAUUAUUUUAAGGAGAGAAUAUUAUGUUGCGAUUGGUUAAUGCUGGAAUAUCACAAGGUGUAUUUGUUUGGAUUGAGGAUCAUGACUUUUGGAUUGUUGCAGCUGAUGGGUCUUACAUAAAACCAAUUAAAAUUCUCUUUUAAUGUUUUCUGGUGAAAGAUAUGAUAUAAUAAUUAAAGGAUUAACAAAUCCAAAAAGAAAAAUAUAUAGAAUAAUAUUUGAAUUAAUGGAACAAAUGAAGGAAAUGGAAGGUGGAAUUUGGAAAAAUCGAAAACCAACAGUUGGAUUAGCUAAUAUUUUAUAUGAAAAUUUUACAGAGGAAAAGGAAAAUAAUAAUGAUCAGGUUGAUUGGACACAUAAUCAUUGUACAGAAAAUAAAAAAUGUUUAGUUUUUAAUUGCCCGUUUGAACAAUUUCCAUCAUCAUUUAAUAUGAGCUGUAUCUAUUCUGAUAAAUUACAAGGAGAAAAAACAACAAAUAAUGAUGAACAUUUACUAGAAAUAAAAAAUCAAACAAAAAAUGUUUCAAAUGAGGAAGUUAAAGAAGAAAAGGAAAUAAUAAAUGAAGCUAUUAAACUAGCUUUAUUUUCGCCAAAAGAUAAUAAGAAACAGAAAUUUAGGGAGAUUUUUGUGAAUUUGCACGAUGGCUUGAAUGGAUGGCGAUUUUUGGAUCCAAAAGGCAUUCCAUAUUUUCGAAAAAUUGAUAAAGUAGAAGAGAAGGAAUGUGAUGAGAAAAAAUGUGAUCGUUGGGCAAAUGAUGUACUUUAUAAUCAAAAUUGUCAAUGCUUUAUUAAUUAUAAAUUUAAUCUUGGAGAAAUAAUUCAGAUAAUAGCAGUAAGUGCUGGUGGAAUGCCACAUCCUUUUCAUUUGCAUGGACAUAAAUUUGUUGUCCUUCGAAUGGGGUUUGCUGAACAAUUUACUGGAAAUGGAACUUUAAAAGGAUUAAAUAAACAUUUGGAAUGUUUGGGAAAAUCUAAUCGUUGUGCAGAAAUGAAAUGGGCUAAUAAAAAUUGGGAAGAAGGUGAAAUUCCAGAAAUAAAUAAAAAUCCAGUAUUGAGAGAUACUGUUGUUGUACCUGCUAAAGGCUUUGUUGUGAUAAGAUUUUAUGCAAAUAAUCCUGGCUGGUGGUUUGCCCAUUGUCACCUUUUAAUGCAUUCCAUGGAUGGAAUGAAUUUUGCCUUCCGUGUGGGUAAAGAUAAAGAAAUACCAUCCCCACCAAAAGGAUUUCCUCAUCAUUGUGGGAUUUAUGAAGAAAUGCCAAUAGGUAAAGAAGGAAGUGAUCAUUUGGAUGAGGAUGAAAUGAGUAAAAUGAGCUGCAAUAAUGGAAUAGUUAUUGGAUUGGAAACAUCAAAGAUAAUUAUGUUAUUUGUUGGAUUUUUAGUUAACAUUUAUGUAUAUUUAUAA